AUGGAGGGCGGAAAUAUCCUCUUCCUGACCAACAGCGAACAUGGCCAAGCUUCAGUGACCUUAGCAGUUGCGCAUGAGCUCCUGGUCCGGUCCAAGUUCGCCGUCCACAUCGCUUCUUUCGAAGCCCUCGCCCCCGAAGUAAGCAAGUUGAACAAGACCACCACAUCCUUGGGAUCUACUACGCGUACCGCACAGUUCCAUGGCAUACCUGGUCGCUCCAUGCUGGAGUGCGUGCGGAGUCGACUAAGCUGUUCUUUUGAUGACCUGCAAAUCGGAUUCAGCGGAGCCCUGAACGUGCUGAGCCUUCUUCCUCGAAUGGUCACUCCCUGGGAUGGCGCCGAGUAUAUAGCGAUAUACCAUGGCUUCGUCGAUAUUAUCGAAGAGCUGCGACCUGUCCUCGUCGUCUUGGACCCGUUGCUUCCCCAUGCGAGAGACGCAUGUCGCAUGACGCGACAAGAACGGGUUGUUCUGCUUAGCCCGAACACAGCCAAGGAUCUCGUGGUACAGCCGCGACUGGAAAACCUGUGGAAGUAUCCUAUGGCAUGUAGCGGAUAUCCCUUCCCCUUACCAUGGCGGUUGAUCCUUCCCAACGCUUACCUCGCAUUCCGAGCAGCGUGGUGUAUGCGAUCUGACGAGAACAUCCGGGAGAUAAUGAAGUGCCGCAAGGAAAAUGGUCUGGAGGGUGAGAUGCCCCAGUUCAUCAUGGCACAGGACGACCCUAUCCCGGUCUUGAUCCCGACUACACCGGAGAUGGACUUUCCCGUAUCUGUGCCUGAAAGCUUCACGGCGUGCGGACCGAUUCUUCGUCCGUGGACCCCUGUUGCUGACGCCCACCCGGAGCUGAAUGCCUGGUUGUCCAAGCGGCCCACCGUGGUGGUGAAUUUAGGGUCCAUCUUCCGCUACAGCAGCGCUCUUGAGAGACAGUUCGCCGAGGGGAUUCGCAUGUUGCUGGACAAAAGGCCGGAUAUCCAGAUUCUGUGGAAGUUACCGCGGGACCAGAACAUGGAUCACGACGGGAGUUCCCUGGACGGCAUUUCUGAUGCAGUUGCGGAGGGAAGGGUGCGGAUCGAGAAGUGGUUCCCCGUCGAGCCCAUCAGUAUCCUUCUGCACGAGAAAGUGCAGUGUUCCGUCCACCAUGGUGGAGCGAAUUCCUUUUACGAAGCUAUCCGGUAA